GCCACUCCAGCGAUAAUGUUCACUGGUCACGAGUUGCAGGCAGUGAAAACAGGAUCCGGACUCAUACGAGAGUCGACUCGACUGGGCGAUUGUUGUCAUAUCCUUAAUGUGUUGGUCUUCUUGUAGAGAAAUGUUGUCAUUCGAGGAAGCUAAAGCGAGGUUAGAAACUGCAGGGCAGAGUCAUGUUUUACAGUUUUGGGCUGAACUUUGUGCGGAAGAAAGGGAUACAAUUCUGGAGGAGAUAUCUCAGCUUCAGCCCGAAGAGUUACUCGAGCAUUGCCGAGCAGCUGCAGCGGCUGCAAGCCGACACUCGAGUGCUGAUGGUCGGCUAGACGAGCGGAUGGAGCCCGUUCCUCCAGAGUUCAUUGGAAGUGUGCGUAAAAGUGACAAAGAAACACUUCAGAUGUGGGGUGAUGAAGGGUUAUUGCAGAUUUCACGGGGCAGAGUGGCUGUUUUGCUGUUAGCUGGUGGUCAGGGGACUCGACUUGGAGUGUCAUAUCCCAAGGGCAUGUACAACGUUGGACUUCCAAGUGGGAAAACCUUGUACCAGCUCCAGGCUGAGCGUAUCCAGAAGGUGCAAGAGCUGGCCAAAGUAAAGCAUGGUUGUAAAUGCACAGUACCAUGGUAUAUAAUGACCAGUGAAUUCACCCUGGGACCCACAGAGAACUUCUUCAAAGACAAUGAAUAUUUCGGUCUAUGUCCACCCAAUGUGGUCAUGUUUGAGCAAAGGAUGAUACCAGCAGUUGACUUUGAUGGAAAGAUCAUCCUGGAGAAGAAAAGCAAAAUAGCCAUGGCACCAGAUGGAAACGGCGGCCUCUAUCGUGCCCUAGUGGACAACAAGAUUUUAGAGGACAUGGAAAGAAGGGGUGUGGAGUAUCUUCACGUGUACUGUGUAGACAACAUCUUGGUGAAGCUGGCAGACCCAGUCUUUAUUGGCUUUUGUGUAAACAAAGGAGCAGACUGUGGUGCCAAGGUGGUAGAUAAGGCCUAUCCUGCAGAGCCUGUUGGAGUGGUAUGUCGUGUGGACGGUCUGUAUCAGGUGAUUGAGUACAGUGAGAUCCAACCAGAGACCUCAGAGCUGCGAGGCCCAGGAGGAGAGCUUCUGUUCAGUGCUGGGAACAUCUGCAACCACUUUUUUACACAAGGUUUCUUAAAGGAAGUGGCUGAAAAGUUUGAGUGUCAGCUGAAGCAGCAUGUGGCAAUCAAAAAAGUGGCAUUUGUGGAUGGAGAGGGAAACCUGGUGAAACCAACCAAACCCAAUGGCAUCAAAAUGGAGAAAUUUGUCUUUGACGUCUUUAAGUUCUCAAAGAAAUUUGUCGCCUUUGAGGUGUUGAGAGAAGAGGAAUUCUCACCCCUGAAAAAUGCUGAUGGGGCUCCUCUGGAUACACCAACUACAGCACGCCGAUCCUUGUUAGCGCAACAUUACCGCUGGGCUCUGGCAGCUGGUGCAAGCUUCCAGGAUGAACAAGAUAAACCCAUCCCCUCAAAACACAGUAUGGCACAGAAUGAAGACCCCCCAGCAAUUUGCGAAAUCUCUCCACUUGUAUCAUACUUUGGCGAGGGUCUGGAACAUUUCCUGGAACAGAAGAACUUGAAUUCCCCUUUUCUACUUGAUGAGAAUGAAGCCAAGAACCUUGUGUAA